AUGCAUAUCCUUUUGAAGAUAUGUAAUGGUGCAACUUUUGUGAAAGUUGACAGAGUUUAUAAUGCAAGAGAUAACUCUCCUGCCUUACUUUUCCAAGAUGAUGGGGGCGGAAUGGAUACUGAACGCAUUCGGAAAUGCAUGAGCCUGGGUUACUCUACAAAGAAGGCAAACACAACAAUUGGACAAUAUGGUAAUGGAUUCAAAACAAGCACGAUGCGUCUGGGUGCUGAUGUUGUUGUUUUCAGUCGCGCAUCUCAUGCCGGCCGAGCAACGCAAAGUGUUGGCCUUUUAUCCUAUACUUUUUUGCGGAGAACAGGGCAGGAUGAUGUGAUUGUUCCUAUGGUUGAUUUCGAUGUCUCUGACCAUUGGGCUGAACCAAUAAUUUUUAGCUCUCAGGAUGAUUGGUCUGCUAACUUGAAAACCAUCCUUGAAUGGUCUCCCUUUGCUUCAAAAGAUGACCUCAUGCAACAGGUUUUCUUAAUUAUCUAUAUUGCAACAUAUUACCGGGUGAAUUUUUCUAGUUUUUACUGCUGA